AUGACAUCGCGCACCACGACGCUACACAGGCGCGUGCCCAUCAACAACACGUGCAACAGCAGUAUGAUACUGCCGUCGCGGCUGCCCAGCGCGCCAGGGACUCGCUCAGCUUCUCAAACGAACUACGACACCGCGCACCACGACGCCACGCAGGCGCGCACGCAUCAACAACACGUGCAGCAGCAGCAUGAUACUGCUGUCGCGGCUGCCCAGCGCGCCAGGGACUCGCUCAAGCAAUUAAAACAGCAGCUGCGCGAGCUGGAGUCGCGCGGCAACGACUCGCUGGCGGUGUACGGCAACAACAUGGCGGAGCUGUGCCAGCGCGUCAAGCAGGCCGUCGCUAGGGGAGAGUUCAGCGCGCCGCCGAGGGGACCCAUCGGUUCAUACCUGAAAGUGAAGGAUAAAAAGUGGGGGGGUGUUUUGGAACACAUCAUCGGAGGUUCGUUGACGUCAUUCUGCGUCAACUCCCCGGAGGACUCCAGGAAGCUAUUCGAGAUAAUGGGCCAAGUGUACGGUCGCGCGGGCAAGCCGGCGGUGACAUCUAGCAAGUUUCUACCGCGCGCGCACGAUGUAAGACGACAUAAGGUGCGCGCGGCGGGCUUCACGUGCGCUUUGGACGCGCUCGACGCGCCCGACCCUGUUAUUGCCAACUACCUCAUUGAUAAUGUUGGUUUAGAGAGCGUGCUGCUGGUGCCUAGCCAUGAGGACGCGGUCCGUCUCUCCGACACGGUGGAGAACGUUCCGGAGAACUGCGCACGUGUCGUGACGCUAGAAUGCGGCGAAUACUACCCGGCGCCCAACUACCGCUGCUACGGCGGCACGGCGCGACCCACGCGAUACCUGCAAGUCAGCACGGCCGAACGCAAGAGGCAAGUGCAAUCCGAGAUCCAAGAAGCGGAAUCGCGCCUCAAAGCGCUGGAAGCCAAAGCUGAAGAAUUGAACCAAGAGUUGCGCGAGGCGCGGGAAAACGAGCGCGCUGCGAGCCGGACGCUUCAAGCGCUGGUCGGGGAGCGCCACGAGAAGGACGAAGCGGCCAGGACCGCGGCCGCCGCUUUGGAACAGCAACAAGCGCCGCACCAUGCUGUAUUGCUGGACGAGCUGAACAUCUCCAAAGAGAAGCUGCGUACCAUCUCCGAGAAGCUCGCCUCGCACUCGCAGCAGUCGCAGGCGCUGCGGCGCCGCAUCGACGAGCUCGACGCCGGCGCGAGGCGCGCCAAGAACCGGCUGGCAGACGUGUCAGCUGCCUGCCGCAGCAUGAGCGAAGAGAUCGAGCAAGAGCAACUGAAGCAAGCGCAAGGCGCGAGCGAGCGGCAGGCGUGCCAGCAGAAGCUGAAGGAGGACCAGCACAAGCUAGCGCAGGUGGCCAGUGUACUCGAGGAGAAGACUGCACACAUCGAGAAGCUCACCGCUGAGGCGCUCACGCUGUGCGAGCGCGUCCAGAACCCGAGGGACCGCGCCAUAGUGACUAACGAGCUGAAGAAGACUCAACUGAAGCUGAGUUCGAUCCGCAGCGACGGACUGACCAAGGCGCAGGUGGCCGAGCGGUUGCUUGAGGUGGAGCGCAAGUAUCGCCGCACCAAACAGACGCUGGCUCGCCUCAAGGGGCUCAUCGACGAGAUUCAAAACACAACGGACAAACAUCUCAACUUCUGCCACCGAGUGCAGACUUACAUCGCAAGACGAGUUCAAUACUGUUUCCAGUCUAUACUGACUUUACGUGGAUAUUCGGGCAGCAUGGAGAUCGACAAUGCACGCGGCGCGCUCGAGAUUGUAUGCACGGGCCGCGAGCAAGCCGGCAAGCGCCACGCGUCCAGCACGUCAUCACUAUCAGGCGGCGAGCGGUCGUACUCCACCGUGGCCUUCAUCAUGGCGCUGUGGGAGUGCGUCGAGCUGCCCUUCUACUUCAUGGACGAGUUCGACGUGUUCAUGGAUAACGUGAACCGCAAGAUAGUGAUGGAGCUGCUGAUCGACCACGCGCUCAAGAACACGAGUCGCCAGUUUGUGUUCCUCACUCCGCAGGACGCCUCAGCCGUGGUCGCCGGCCCGCAGAUCAGCAUACAUCUGAUGGCUGACCCACGACCGUAGUGCCGAAAAAGUUAAGUAAACAGUUCAGUGAUUAUUAAUGUGAUUGCAAUUAUUACACCAGUGAUGUGUUUCAAUGUUACCAUAGGUAUUUAAAAUGUCUUAACUACUUGUCUAAACAUUCCGACACUUAAAAACCCGCCGAAUGUUAGAUAUUUUAAUUGAUUUUAUAAUAUUAAGGAUUUAAUUAAUAUACAUUUUAUUUUUUAAACUUGUUUUAUUUUUUUUCAUUACAUAGAAAAUAGAAAUACAAUCAACACCAUAUUUUAUUUAAUACUAUAUUCUUGAAACAUUCACGCACCGACUCUGACGCACAACAUGUGAUCUAUGCAUAUUAUUGCACAAGUGACAAAAUAUAAUACGACUCUGGACAAAUAGGUUUAUGGCUUCCUGUUAAACUGUCUGAGAUCACACACAACUUAUUCGGGAAUACAAUUGAAAAUUCUACUACAUUAGGUUUUAUAUUAGUUUAAAUUUUAUGUAAAAUACUUAAAUCUAAAAGCGCCUUAUGGGUACAGUUAAUGAAUAUAGUUACAUUUUAAAUUAUUUCCAUAUAAAGUAAUUCUAAAAGUCUUAUUUAUAAGGCGAAAGUUUGCCCUAAAAGAUAAGCGUAAUCGUUGGCCUUAAUUCUAUGAUCAACAGUUCACUCUCGAUACAACACUUUCAGCUCUAGCGUUUAUGAAUAUGAUAUUUGUAACUUUUGAAUAACAAAUAUAUUGAACUAUGUACUUAGUUUGCAUCAGGUCUCAAAAACCAUUUCUAAUGAGACAUGCUUUCUACGAAAAUGUAGAUCACACUUUACUAUUUAUAAACGUUAGGAAUAGACACGUGUCUAAAGUUAAUGAAACGUGAAUGAAGAAUUAUUAUAAAUAUUAGGAAGUUUGUAAUGUUAUCAUCUAAUGAUGAAGCAAAGCUCUAAUUUUCACUAUUCUUAAAGUUAAUAUUCUAAGGAAACCAAUAGUUUUCAGUGAUCAAAAGAUUUUUCUGUUCUUGGGAAAGUAUAAAGCUAUUUUUUUAUCAAGAGCCAAUCUUAUAAUUACAACAUUUUUACUCAUAAGACACAAGUUUAACAAUGCAAAGUCAUGCAUUAUGCGAUUUCUUUGUGAUUAUGUUGUACAUUAUAAGAUCGAAUUUAUCAAUAACAUCUUUAAAGUAGCCAAACAUUAUACUUUUGACAAAACUAAAACGUUUUACCUCUCUUAACUCAAAUUAUAAAAAAGGGAAUCUUGCCACAUACAAAUUUCACUGAUAAUAAUAAUUAGCUAGCACUUUUUAGAUAUCCAUCUAGGUCUUUGGUUAAAAUGACGCUAAUUUGAAAACGGCAUUUUAUUAUUUCUUUACAUUUAAAUAUUUUUUUUUAUGAAUUAUAAUUUUUAAAUCAGUCUCGUGAACAAUGUGUUCAUUUAGCGUGAUAAGUUAAAGAAUAAUUUAUAUUUACAGAGUUAGCAAUGAAAAUAGAAAACCCUAAACCUUUAUAAACAGUACAAGAGUAUCAUAGAUAAUUCGAAAGAAAUGAAUAAAGUAAUUGCUUAAUGUUAAAUUAAUUCAGAUAACCUUAAAUUGAUUUAUACAAUUUGCUAGUGCGUAAAGUUAUAAUUCGAUCUAUCGAACGAUUAUGUAUUCCUUUUUGUUUGAUGGCUUAUUAUGAAGAAAACAAAUACAGUAUUUAUUUAGAAAACUUAGAUUUAUAUAGUAAAAUGACUGUUAAUUCAAAAUGCAAAUAUGUUACUUUAAAAGUUGAUACGUUAACAUUUAGAUAUCAAUAUACAUGUUGAUUGGAAAGCGAUUAUAUUGUAAUGCAUUCAUACUUUUAUUUACAAAAAGUAAUAUAAAUUCAAAAAGAAUAUACGCGAAGAACGUUUAAAAAGAAAUUGGGUGCUGUUUAGGAUUUAACACACGACACACUUGAGAAAACUCUUCUAGCGAGUAACUUCAAACAUUUGGAAUGUUUCUAAGACAUGGCAGUUUCGCCAAUUUCAUCUCCGAAUUAAAAUAUUCUUGUUUAUAAAUUUUAAACAAACUCAAUGUGGUGUCCCUAGAUAUUGAUAAGGGACAAUCAGUCCGAAAUGAAUUUACAUCCAUAACAAUCAUCAACAUUUUAUUCAGUCUUAAUGAUCUUAACCAAAUCAUGUUUUUUCCUUACAAUGUACCUAUAGUUGUUAACUUUUCAUCCGCCUAAUAUUAAACAAGUACAUCCACCUACAGAAGUGUAUUUUCUCAUUAAAGUUAUGUAAUUAUAAGUUUCUAAUAGCCUGAAACUCUUUUUUGUCGAACUUUUGAGAAACCAAACUCAUACGAAAGUAGUUUUUAGAAUCUAUUAAUUUUUUUAAUGUGCAUGUCAGAAACUACCCAUAUUUUAUAAAGUUAAUUUCAUGCAACAAACUUGCAGUUAAUUUGAAAUUAGUUGGUGAGUAAGCUAAAGCUUUAUCACACAAAGCAGUUAGUAAUAACUCCUUUUAGUUAAUUCAAUUUGGAUAGUCUCUUUCACGUAAAUUAUGAAUGGUUCUCUUACUUUUGCUGUAAUAUUAGAAUGUGUUUAUAAAGUGAUUUUUAACGUGGAUUUGAAAUGAUCACUAAUAUAAUUUACAUGCAAAAUUUCAAUAAAUUUUGUAUCAACUAAGUGAACGACUUGUUUCUUUCUAUAAAAAUUGGUGGUAUACUUUAUUCGAGUUGAAUAAAUUCAACAGAUUUCAUAAGUGCAUAAUCAAUAGAAUUAUGCAACACAUACAACAUGCAUUUACGAAUAUAUCCGUGAGAUUGUCAAUAUAAAAUGAGGUAUUUUAUUAUCGGGUUCAACUUACAACGCGAACAGUACUUAAACAGAGUGAUAACAA